AUGACGAUCACUUGCUACGGAAGCGAUGGCCAAACCAUCUUUUACCUGACCAAAACCCAGAAUGACGGCAUCAUUGUCAAAAGCUGGUCUUCUGAACCGAAGCAGGCCACACCUUCCUCUGGAAAUCUUUUGGCUGCCUUUCGAUGGAGACGUUGUCGUGGAGCAGAGACGAAAACGCUCAUCUUCUACAUUCGUCAAAGUCUUCUUGUGUGUUAUCUCGGCCGCGAUUCAGAUGUUGGUUAUAUUUCUUUGAAGUACACAUGGGCAGCCCCCCUCUACAAGUGGGGAUCCAGUGGAGGGGAGGAGCCAAGUUCCAAAGACUCCUGUCAGACACGUGAUCUUCCCCGCCGACUCGAACGUCGACCUUCGCACCUGGACAUUUUCAUCGGGUCUUUGAGUGGGUCUGGGGCAACGAGACAUCUCAGUGAAGUGACUCGUAGCCGUGGUGGAAGUGUCUUUGGCAGCAACGACACUUCCCACUGCACUCCUGCUGCUUGCGGCUUUCAUUUGGUAGCCAAAUUGAUGUAUCACAUAGCCAAUACUCUAAAUACAAGAAACUGUGACGGAAUUUUACAAGAAGUUAGCGAAGAGACUUUUGUAUACGAUGAAAUUCAUGUAAAGAUUUACAUUGAAUAUGGCUUAAAUUCAAGUGCUAGGGCAACCUGGGCGUGA